AUGGCGAAUCGUGGAUUGGAGAAUCCCGAAGACGUGUGCGAAGCUCUCAUCGUUGGAAAAGCCCUGGACAAGUCACAAGCAAGCAGGGCGCCUCCCAACCAGGACUCUGGCCCAGCCGCUGCAGCUUCCCCCGAUAGGCUUGGAGAUGAUGAUGAUGAUUGGGAAAGUCCAGAAGACUUCAAGCGGAGACUGAUAUAUUGGAUUGGACAGAUGAUGUUCGUGAGUGGUGAAACGGCCGAGCCAAGCGCAGAGACAACCUGGAUGAUUGAGGAAAUCGUACGAGAGCAAGUUAUCGAAAUGCUGACACAAGCAACUGCGCUCGCGAACCGCCGAGGUUCCAAGACCAUUUCAAUCGCCGACCUCAUCUUUCAGAUCCGGCACGACAGAGCCAAAGUGUCCAGACUCAAGACUUUUCUUAGUUGGAAGGACGUCCGCAAGAAUGUGAAAGACUCGGAUGACAAAGGUGGAGGUGACGCUGCUGAAGUUGGUGACUUUGACGAGGCGUCCGGAGGAGUCAACCCAUCGGCCCCGCAAAAGUCGACAGCGAACAAGAAAGCCAAACUCGUCUUGCCCUGGGAAACCCAAUCCUUCUACGCCGAACAGGUGCCGGAAAGAGACGACGAAGAAGACGAAGAGGAAGAAGAGCAGAACGAAGCGACCCUCGCCCGCCUGGCCUCGGCCGACGAACGCACCAAGAACAUGACCAAGGACGAAUACGUCUACUGGUCCGACUGCCGUCAAGCCAGCUUCACAUUCCGCAAGGGCAAACGGUUCCGCGAAUGGGCAGGGUUCGGCACGAUCAUUGACAACAGACCGAACGACGAUGCAGUCGAUAUUCUCGGCUUCUUGACGUUCGAGAUUGUGCAGACUCUGACAGAGGAAGCCCUGAAGGUCAAAGCCGCGGAGGACAUAGCCAACAACAAACAAAAUGGCGGCGGCAGAGGCGACCAGGACGCGUCCAAGAAACGUAAGCGGGAAGGGUGCAGUCUGUUUGAGAUGCCCGAGGAAGGCAGGACGCCCAUCGAGCCCAAACACGUCAGAGAGGCGUUCCGGAGACUCCAGACGGUGCCGAACAAGUACAAAUUCAUGAGACAGGGCUUUGCGGGGAUGAGGACACCAUUGAGGUUGAUUUGA